UAUUUAUUUAAUAUUUAUAUUUAUAUGACAUAAUAUUUAUUUUGUCUAGUAAGGGACAAAAUAUUUAUUUUGUUAUUGUUUAUUAAUAUACAUAUAUAUAUAUAUACACUACUUUAAACCCAUACUUUAAGAUCAAUAACACCCAGCUACAACGCAUUCGAGUCCGUACCUUUCUCAGACCGAAAGAAUGGAUUUCAUUUCACACCCAACUCGUUUUUCUUCUUCUUCUUCUUCUUCGUUUGGGAAUUUUGUUGAAAGGGUCAAAGAAAUUUGUAAUUUUGCGGUCUCCGCAAUCCUUGGGAACAUCUUCUCUGCGAUCUUCACCUUCUUCUUUGCAGUAGUGGGUACCUUGUUAGGAGCUAUGACCGGAGCUUUGAUAGGCCAAGAGACCGAGAGUGGAUUUGUUAGAGGUGCUGCUGUUGGAGCAAUAUCUGGAGCUGUUUUCUCCAUUGAAGUUUUUGAAUCUUCCCUUGUUCUUUGGCAAUCCGAUGAAUCUGGAAUUGGAUGUCUUUUGUACUUGAUUGAUGUCAUUGCAAGCCUUUUGAGUGGUAGACUAGUUCGCGAGCGGAUUGGUCCGGCCAUGUUAAGUGCAGUGCAAAGUCAGAUGGGUGCUGUUGAGACAAGUUUCGACGAGGUCACCAACAUCUUCGACACCGGUGGUGCCAAAGGAUUACCUGGAGAUUCAGUUGAAAGGAUUCCAAAGAUCAAAAUUACUAGCAAAAACAAUGUUGAUGCUUCAGGCGAGAAAGUCUCUUGUUCAGUCUGCCUUCAGGACUUUCAGCUUGGAGAGACUGUAAGAAGCUUGCCUCAUUGCAAUCACAUGUUUCACCUACCUUGCAUAGAUAAGUGGCUUCUUAGGCAUGGUUCUUGCCCUUUAUGCAGAAGAGAUUUGUGAAGCUUGUUUCUGUAAAUUAGAAAAUCAGAAAAAAUUUCUAUUUUUUUGUUUGUUUUUUUUCCUCUAUUGUUUAUACAAAUUUUAGGGCUUUUUCUACUGUUUCAGUAUAAACUUUUGAUAUGUGGCUGCUUCAGUUGAUCUCCAUCUUGCUACGUCAGAAGUCCAUGUAUAAAAAAUUUUGAGUUAUGGUUUUAAUUGAUUCUGUGGAUACAAUAAGAAAUCUCUUAUUCUUGUA